GCGGUUAGCCUGUUUUUCAAGUUUAUCAAGUGAUCUUGCUCUUUCAUCUGGAAUUCACGAGAGCAUUGCGUAUGUUACGAACAGAGUACUGGGCUGACCUGACCUGGUCCUAGUAGGUGACCUAAUAUCGAUGAUACUCCUCCGACUCCGAUCCGAACUUUUCUUUUUUUUCGGGAUACUCCUCUUGUGGAAUAAGAUACGCGCGAUUUUUUAUUUUUUCUACACCUAUAAAAAGCUCCAGAUUGGGCCCUAUGACUUCUGAGUCUCAUUUUACUUGCCUCCAAGAUUCGACAUGUCUUCAUCUCCUGCUAAAAAGAUGACCUAUGCUCGCCUAGGGAACUCUGGGCUCAAAGUGUCCAAAAUCAUCCUAGGCACUAUGCAGUACGGAAGUCCUGAGUGGCAACCAUGGGUAUUAGGCGAUGAAGAUGAGGCUAUCAAACAUAUCGAAACAGCCUACAACGCAGGCAUACAGACAUUCGAUACGGCUGAUGUCUAUUCGAAUGGUCUCUCAGAGGUCAUUCUAGGCAAAGCAAUCAAGAAACUUCACCUUCCCCGCGACGAAAUUGUUGUAAUGACCAAGUGUUUUGGUGUCGUUGGGAAAACUGCCAGUGAAAACCUUAUCGCAACUCGGGCAGAUCCUGACGCAAAUGGCUACGUCAACCAGUACGGCUUGAGUCGCAAGCACAUUUUUGCUGCAGUUAAGAACAGCCUGAAGCGCCUCCAACUCGACUACGUCGAUGUGCUGCAGUGCCAUCGUUUCGACCCCGAUACUCCAAUCCCAGAAGUGAUGCAAGCUUUGCACGAUGUUGUACAGGCUGGUUAUGUGCGCUAUAUCGGAAUGAGCUCUUGCUGGGCCUGGCAAUAUUAUGCUAUCAACAAUAAAUUGACGCCCUUCAUCUCGAUGCAAAAUCACCACAAUUUGGUAUAUAGAGAGGAAGAAAGGGAAAUGUUCCCAACUCUCAAGUAUUUUGGGGUCGGGGCAAUUCCUUGGUCCCCUCUUGCUCGUGGCCUUCUGACUCGACCUCUGGAUGUUCAGACCACACGAGGCUCCAGUGAUUGGUUCAUCGGGAAAUACACAGCCGCACUGGGAACAGAGGAGAUCAUAAAAAGAAUUGAGCAGAUUUCUACUAAGAAGAAUAUAUCUAUGGCACAGGUUGCGGUAGCCUGGAGCCUUGCGAAAGAAGGUGUCACCGCCUCUAUUGUGGGCACCACAAGCCUUCGCAACUUAGAAGAUAUAAUUGCCGGAACACACGUCGUCCUGGAUGCUGAGGAGAUGAAGUUCUUGGAAGAACCGUACAAGCCCACAGAAGUCAUUGGACAUAUGUAA